AUGGGGAAACGAAUUACAGGCAAGAUGGCCAAGAAGAACAGAAGGAAGAGGAUGGAGAAGAAGUACAGAAGAAGAAGAGCGAGAAGAUUGCGUCAAGAAUCCGAAGUUCAUCAGCCUGAAGGUGAAUUGAACGAACCAGGAGAAGAAGGGGUUCAUGAACCUGAACCAGAUGAAGUUGAUGAUGAAGCUCAGCCUCAAUUUGAAUUCAAUGUCCCAGGAGAAGAAGGGGUUCAUGAACCUGAACCAGAUGAAGUUGAUGAUGAAGUUCAGCCUCAAUUUGAAUUCAAUGUCCCAGGAGAAGAAGGGGUUCAUGAACCUGAACCAGAUGAAGUUGAUGAUGAAGUUCAGCCUGAAGAUGCACCGAAUAACCAAGAAGAAGAAGGGGCUGAUCCCAAUGCUGACGUUCGCAAUCAAUUGAUCAAUAUCCCACAAGAAGAAGUGGUUGAUCUGAAAGCCCCAGAAGGAGGGGUUCAAGAAAAUGAUUCCGGCGAUGAUGAAAUGAAUGUCCCAGAAGAAGGGAUUCAAGAAAAUGAUUCCAGCCAUGAUGAACUGAAUGCCCCAGAAGAAGGGGUUCAAGAAAAUGAUUCCGGCAUUGAUGAAUUGAAUGUCCCAGGAGAAGGGGUUCAAGAAAAUGUUGCCGAUGGUGAUGAGCAGGAAAUGGAAGGAAAAGAAGAUGGGCAGGAGGAAAAUCCAGAAAAACCAGUAGAUGAAGUUGAACCGUCGGAAGGAAAUCAAGAACCAGUCGGAGCAGUUGAAGGAUCAUUAUCUCCGGCAAACCCAGAAGCAGAGCAAGAAGCCCAUCCAGUCAGAGAUGAAGAUUCUCCUAAAUCCUCUGAAGAUGCUUCUCAGGGAAAUUCUGGUGAUGGGCCCAAAGAAACAGAGGAUCUUGAUCGUCAGGAUGAUCUUGCUGAUCGGAAUCCAGGGAAGAGGCCAAUGAGAGAAGAAGAAGAAGGAGUUAAUCGUUCCGGUCAACACGAGUCGAAGGAUGAUAGGCGUAGAUUAGAAACUGCUGACAAUUUUGGGAUUGCUCCAGAGCAUCAUGUUGAUCAAUCUGGAAUGGUGAUCAGAACGGCGCCUAAUGACGAUGGGGAUGUUGAUCAAGAUGAUAUUGAUGAUGAUAUGGCAUCAGUGCCUUUUGAUGAUUUUGACACUGGCAACCCGUUAGGAGUUAGAACCUACCCGGUGCCUUCGAUCCAUGUUCAAGAUUAUUAUCUAUACGGCAGAGGUGGUCGCGGUGACAAAGCUGAAUAUGUUUCUUCUUCUUCUUCGUCUUCUUCUGCUGCUGCUUUCAAAGAUGAUCUAUGCCACGACCCUGUUGAAUAUGAACGUCAAAUGGCAGAAGCUUCCCGCCGAUCAAUUCUAGAUACAGAACGCAAUCAUCUCCAUGCUGAAUUUGGCAUCAUCACCACAACUGAAGCUGGAUCUUCUUUUUCCUCUUCUGUUAUGGAAGAUUCAGAUAUAGAACCAGUAUACGAUCGUGCCCGACAGUUUCUUGCCGGAGCCCGGAACUCCAUAGUAGAAAUGCUAGGCCGAUGGCCGGACAUUGAUGAGUCGCGAUUAAUGCAAGCUUCAUCGAGCAGUAAUCCUCCUGUUCAUCAAUCUGAUGAUGGUGAUCGCAAUGCCGAGGAGAUGCGUCAAAGAAAAGGAAAAGGGGUUUAUCAAUCUGAUCCUGGUGAUGCUACACCUGAUGAUGACUUGAGCGAUGAUGAGACCUUCAUGGAUUAUAAGGAAGAAAUUUUAGACAUGAUGGGUGUUCCUCCGGAGCAUCUUGCCGGAUUUGAUGCCGGAAUCCCAAUUGGAACUAAGAGCAACCCAUCACCACGAAUGAUGAAGAAGAUGAAGAUGAAGAACAAGGCCCCUGCUCCGAUUUAUCCUGACGAUUAUGUAAACCAGGGCGAGGAAGAUUUCGGAUUGCAAGAAGCAAUGCGUUUAUCAAUGCUAGAAUCACAAAACACCCGCCCAAGUUGUCAACAUGAUGCUGAAGCUGGAUCUUCUUUCUCCUCUGUUAUGGAAGGUCCUUCCACAUCUUACGAUGAUCCGCCUGAUGAAUAUUGGCUACCACAGAGAAAAAGGGUGAUGGGUUGGAUGGAAUGCGCGAUUUGCGGUGCUGCAAAACCUCCUGAGUUCAUGAUUCAAAUCUCUUGUCAAUGCUGCCAUUAUUGCAUCUGCAUCGAUUUUUGUAUAGUCAUUUUGCUUGGGUUUGAGGCUGAGGAAAACACUCGUCUGGUUUGCCCACACUGUGGUCAUAACUUGCUUCCUGAGGGACUCUACGCUCUUGUGCUGAGUCAGCUGGUGAUGGCUUACUAUUUCCAGUAA